AUGGUGGAGCAUAAUGAUGAAAUUGGCGUUUCUGGUUCCAAUAAGGUGUUAAUGAGUCUAGAAGAUGAAGAAGCAGGAGCUAAGGAUCAAGAGAGACGGCUUAAGAGACGACGAACUUGCCAAUUAGGAUACGAACAAAGAGAGGGGGAGCAAUUGAUUGAGCCAAGUAAGACUAGGGACAAAGCGGCAACAAUGCUGCAGAUUUCAUGUCUUCCAAUAGAUGUUUUGUAUUGUGUUCUUGAUAAGUUGUUGGAGCUCGUUGACUAUGUUCGUUUCGCCGCUGUUUGUAAGGAAUUGCAUUUUGUUGCAAAAUAUUACAAUCAUACAAAGCAACGUUGGCUGAGUAAACCGCAGCUACUUCCCAUGCUCAUGCUCCCCACUAGUGAAUCUGAUAAUGGGAGCAGCAGCGAUCCCCAAACAAAGCAAAGACCACUGUAUAGCGUUUCAGAAAGAAAAAUCUACAAUAACAUUAAAAUUGGGUUAUCAGUGCCUUACAAUGAAAACUUUUGUGGCUCUAGCCAAGGUUGGUUGGCCUCGGCACACAAAUCUAUCGAAGAAUGGCAAGAAAAACGAAAAUUGAAGGUCAUCCAUGAAAUAACUCUGCGGAACCCUUUCGGAAAAGCAUCAGAGGCGAUUCAUCUUCCUCCGUAUGUGCAUUGCAUCCCAACAUUUUACCAUCAUGUUAAAGAAUGGAUCCCAAGAGUUAUCUUGUCUGCUAACCCUGCUUUGCAUCCGGAAAACUAUUAUGUGCUCUUAGCAUUCUAUAGACCAUUGCCGAACCGCAUACCACGAUUAGGUUCUGAUUAUUCUCCGCCGUUAGCACUUAUUAAAGGAGGACAAGAAUCUUGGAUCACGACCAACCGACUGCCUGUAGGUCUUCCAGAUGAUGCUAUAUUUUAUAAAAACAAUGUCUACUUGCUUCUUGAACGGGGAUAUUAUAAUAUGGUAACCGUGGAAGUUAAUAGCGGUAACCUUUUACCGCCGAAAGUAGACUAUAUACGUUUUAAACCUCGCCCUACUCAUAUUUUCCCUGCACAUUGUUGGGAGCAAUAUCUUGUGGAAUCAACAAAUGAAGACCUAUUGCUUGUUCGAAGAUUUUAUGCAUUUAAUAAAACCUCCUUCGGCGUUUGCAAGAUCGUGUUCAACGAGGAAGACGAUUCCAAUUAUGAAGGCACUUCCACCGCUCAGCUGGUUGAGGUUAAUUGCAUUGGAGAUGAUGCAAUAUUCUUAGGUCAAAGUCAAUCCCAGUCUGUUUUAGCUUCAAGUAUUCCUGGCUGCAAGCCGAAUUGCAUAUACUAUGCCACAGAAAGUGUUAGACGGAUCGAGAGUAAAUGUGAUUACUUAAGAAGUGAGAUGGGUAUUUUCAAUUUAGGGGACAGAACUACGACACAACUACUUGACUCUGACUCUAUAAAUAACUGGAAUUGGAACAAGAUGAAUAUGCCACUUUGGAUCCUACCAUCAUUAAACGUACCCCUAGGUUCGUAG